AUUGUCAAAGCAGCGCGCCGUGCGUCGUUCUGAUCCAAAGUGCCCAAGACGGGCCGUCCGCCAACAUGUUCAAACCUACGCCAUGCCUGCAGAAGACGCUGCGGCGCCUCCCGCUCUCCCCGAAGCAGGCCGGAAGAGAGUACUACAAGGGCAACAAGACGGGGACCCUGGGCACGAUCGAUAAAUAUGGGCGCUUCCACCCCGACUACACCAAGAUACGGACAUUUGUCUAUCCUGCGAAGGGCGUAGAAGACUUUGAGUUGACGCCAUUCGUAAGCGAACGCACGCCGAAGAACGUACAAGUGGGCAGGAGGAAGUGGGCCACAGUGCCGGAGCCGAUGACGGGCGAGGAAUACUUGGAGCGGUGGAAGGCAGAAGGUGGUCACGAUGUUGUCGAUGCGCCGCGCCGUUCGAAGGCACAAGAGCAGCAGAUGCCCGAGGUGUGGGAAGCGCCGCCGCAGAAGAGCGAUAAGAAGUUCUGGCAGAAGUGAGAUGGGUCAUGAGGACAUCUGAGAAGUUGUCAUGCAAGAAGGGGGAUGCAUUUGGAGUAAAAUACCGCAUUCGAGGGCGUUGAAAGACAUUGAAGGGAAUGCCGCCCCUUUCGUGGACCUGUGGCACUGGAAAAGGAGCCUGGUACGAUACGCAACGGAUGUUUGAAUAGCGCGGUCGAGGAUCCUGCGACGAUUGUAAAUAUACAUACUGUACAUUUCACCCUGGGUAUCAUAUGUACUAUCAAUUUUUCACACCAUACCUUAC